AUGGAAUUGCGUAUGUCUAACAUGGUAGCAGCAAAGGCUAUUAGCGAUGCCGUUCGUACGUCACUGGGCCCAAGGGGCAUGGAUAAGAUGAUCAGUACCUCCAAAGGAGAAGUGAUCAUUACGAAUGAUGGUGCCACUAUUCUUCGAAGUAUACAAGCUCUGCAUCCGGCUGCUAAGAUGCUCGUGGAUCUAUCUGCUGCUCAAGACGUAGAGGCUGGUGAUGGAACAACUUCAGUAGUUGUCCUUGCCGGAAGCUUUCUCGGAGCUGCCGAGAAACUACUUCAGAAAGGCUUGCAUCCGACCAUCAUCGCCGAAGCGUUCCUCCGAGCAUCAGUCAAGGCUGUGGAGUACCUGACUGAGAUCUCUCGACCCGUUGAUCUCAAUGACAAGACAAGUUUACUACGUGCUGCGAGCACAUCGCUCAAUUCUAAGAUCGUGUCACCGUACGGAUCGACGCUAGCCAAGAUCGCUGUGGACGCUGUCACAAGACUAGUAACCCCGCAAUCAUCCUCUGUGGAUCUUCGGGACAUCCGCAUUGUCCGAAAAGUUGGCGGGACGAUCGAAGACACCGAGCUGGUCGACGGCGUCGUGCUCAAUCAAAACGUCAUCGUAUCUGCAGGAGGACCCACGCGAAUUGAAAAAGCUAAGAUUGCCAUCAUUCAGUUCCAACUUAGCGCACCCAAACCCGACAUGGAUAACACCGUAGUCAUCAACGAUUACCGGCAAAUGGAUAAGGUAAUCAAGGAAGGCCGGCAAUAUCUCCUCAAUAUCUGCAAAAAGAUCAAAAAGGCCAACUGCAACGUCCUUUUGAUACAAAAAUCCAUAUUGCGCGACGCAGUCGACGAUACUUCUCUCAGCUUUUUGAAACGUUUGAACAUCAUGGCAAUCAAGGAUGUCGAGCGUGACGAAAUUGAUUUCCUUUCAAAGAGCAUUGGCUGUAAACCCGUCGCUGAUAUCGAAGCAUUCACGGAGGACAAGCUAGGCUAUGCGGACUUGGUGGAAGAGACCUCUCAGUCGGGCGUCAAGGUCGUCAAAAUAACAGGGGUCAAGAACAGGGGCCGUACGGUCAGCAUUCUGGCGAUGGGUGCCAACAGCAUGGUGGUUGAGGAGUGUGAACGUAGCCUACACGAUGCCCUUUGUGUCGUGCGGUGUCUGGUCAAAAAACGUGCUCUCAUCGGAGGCGGCGGUGCUCCAGAAAUCCACGUGUCUCGUUUACUUUCACAACAUGCCCAAUCGCUCAAGGGGAUGGAGGCCUAUUGCUUCCAGGCGUAUGCCGAUGCUCUUGAGGUCAUUCCUACAACGUUGGCGGAGAAUGCUGGUCUAAAUCCCAUCUCCAUCGUCACGGAAUUGCGAAACCGCCAUGCGCUGGGGGAUCGCAAUGCCGGUAUCAAUGUACGAACGGGUCUCAUCUCAAAUAUAUUGGAAGAAGAUGUGGUCCAGCCGUUGUUGGUAUCGACGAGCGCAAUAGAGCUUUCCACCGAGACUGUAUGCUUAUUGCUGAAGAUCGACGACUACGUACAAGCCCGCUAA